AUGCUCGCACAUCAGCCCACAAGCGGCAAGACCGAGAGUGGUAGUGCUGUGGAUUUGCCGACGCGAGAUUUCGACUGCCGCUUUUCCGAAUUACGAGCGAGCGACCACUUGCCUCCACUGAAAGAUAAGUCGGAUGCACUUGACCACUAUUGA